AAAAAAAAGAAGAAGAAAAAGGUCGUUGACUCUCAAUUAAAAGUUUUUAUUCCUUUUCGCAUGUAAAUUUGCGCGCGCGAUUUCUAACCUAUACGUUAACGAACGAACGAACGAACGAACGAACGAACGAACGAACGAACGAACGAACGAACGAACGAACAACGAACGAACGAAUUUUUCCCGCGCAAUAAUACUCACGUAUAUAUUCCCGCCAAUUAAUCCUUAUAUAAUCCUUUCAUAUAUGUAUUAGUUAUCACAGAUUACAAAACGAUUAGAAGCGAAAACGUAUUUCCACGUUCGAUAAUUAACACCGAAAGUUUUGCCCACUUGGCGUGUUGUAAUAUAAUGCACCUGUUCUUUCGCCGCCAAAAUUUUACAACGAUAAUAUCGAAGUGCAUCGAUCGAAAUCAGAAGUCAGAGCGAUAUUAUUUCGAUUUGGCCUAUUGGCCAAUCAGCGUCGUGGUUUGGCACAACCAUCGAAAUAUCUCGAAGUGUUUCGAGCAAUCGGCUCUCGCGCUUCUCGUAAUUCUCAAGCAAGCUGUAGUUUGGGUCGAUUGAAAAAAAGAUAGAGCGAGAAUAUUCCGCCAAAAAUGAAUUCCGGCAUGGUGGAGCACACGAGACUCGGUCAGAAGGAUAUCAAGAAUUCCGAGGAAUUUUCGCCGCCAGAGAGUAAACGAGUACGUAUGGAUGAUGGCUGUAAUAACUUAAAUAGUACAUUUAAUAGUACAUCAAAGAAUAAUACAAGAUGGUCUUACAAUGCUGAUAGUAGUCUUGUUGAGCCAGAAAUAUUAGAAGAUAUGGGAGUUAGUAUGCUAGAGGAUGAAGCAAUCAACUGUGAUAACGUUAACAAAGUACAAUCUCCGGAUUGUACUGUUUCUCUAACUAAUGCGGAUAAUAAUAAACGGUUACCAUUAAAUGAUAAUGGGAUUUACGAUUCGGAACAAAAAUCUCUGUACAGAGGUACCAGUUUUGAAACUGUCACUAUCGAAAGGCUAGAACAGGAUCCAUAUGAUACAGACAAUCCAUGCAAUUAUGGACAUACGAAUGAAUCUGGUUAUGGUUCAAGGGUGGAGGUUGAAGUAUUUGGGGAUAUUAAAGAUGAUUAUGGUAAAGAAAAAAAAUUAAAUGCUUCAUCAAAUAAGGAUAGUUUAGAUCAUUUUUACUUGUAUAGAAGGAAAAGAAAAUUGUCACAUGAAGGAGACGACGAAUUCAACAAACUAUCUGAUGAAAUGAUUUUAAUGAUAUUCAGAUGGUUACCUAAGAGAUGCUUAGUACGUUGCAUGUUAGUAUGUAAAAGAUGGUGUCAAAUAGCAAGAGACGAGGCAUUAUGGAGUAGACUGGAUUUAGGUAGUAAAGUAUUAAAUGAAGGGACAUUGGAACAUAUAUUGCCACGUGGUGUUCAAAUCCUAAGGCUUGCCCAGGCUGAAAUUGCAGAUCCAAUAUUUAAAGACAGCACUGAAGUUUUAAAUAGUAAUUAUGUCUGUAAACUACAAUAUUUGGAUCUUUCUAUGGCAGUAAUAUCAGCUGAUGGUUUAGCAAAUUUAUUGUCUAAAUGCAAAUAUUUAAAAAAAUUAUCAUUGGAAAGUUGUAUUUUGAAUAUGGCAUGCUGUAAUGCGAUAAGUUUAAAUAUUGACAUGACCGUGUUGAAUUUAUCUAUGUGCGAAGGACUAGAUCUUGAAUGUGUUACAGAUUUAAUUAAACUUAGGAGCUUAACUGCUCUCAAUGUGGCAUGGUGUUCAUUGGAUGCAGAGUCUGUCUCUCUUUUGUGUAAAUCACUUCCGCCUUCCCUUACACGGUUGAAUAUAUCCGGAUGCCGAAAAACUAUGACAGACGAUAAUAUCAAAGAUUUGGUCAAAUCUUGUCCAGAGAUUGUAGAAUUAGAUUUAAGCGAUUGUACGCUGCUUACCAUGAAUACAGUUCCUAAUCUUCUAAAUUUUUCUAAAUUGGAACACUUGUCAUUAAGUCGUUGUUAUAGCAUACCACCGUCAACUUAUAUCAGAUUAGCUUAUAUGCCAUGCCUAAUGUAUUUGGAUGUGUUUGGCUUGAUGUCAGAACCAAUGUUAAAAUCGGUACAAUCUAAUUGUGGGGAAACUGAAAUUAAUAAGUUCCUAUAUAGUUCUGUCGCAAGACCAACAGUUGGCGUUCGAAGAACAAGUAUUUGGGGUCUUAGAGUUCGAGACUGAAAUUAAUAAAACGGUGAUACAAUUAUAUAAUUCUAGCAAAAAGUCAAUGUUACGAAUAACAUAUGAUGAAGUCAAUAUGAAAUUGUAUAGAAGGUUUUAUUUUUAUAAUAAUACUGGCCUUCAUUGUGAGACUGAUCAUAUUAUUUAAUAAAAAAAAACAAAAAGAAAAAAAAUCAUUAAUAUGAUAACACGCUUAUAGUUCUAUUUGGAUCACUAACUGUGCCUAAUUCAGAUCUCUUUCUCAGAUGUCCCUUUUUUUUUUAAGGUGAACUACAUCUUUGGUAGUAUUACUAAAAUUAGAUGAUAUAUAUUUUGCAUAAUAGGGGAUGCUGUAUAUAACAAUUCAUGAU